AGGUGACCGUGCAAGUUAGGUGCGGCCUGUGUCCGGUUCUGCGCGAGCCGGUCGUGGCGGGCUCAGAGGUCCAGCCAUGCUGUUUUGGCACACGCAGCCCGAACACUACAACCAGCACAACUCCAGCAGCUACCUGCGUGAUGUGCUCGCUCUGCCCAUCUUCAAGCAGGAGGAACCCCAGCUGUCCCCUGAGAACGAAGCCCGCCUGCCACCCCUGCAGUACGUACUGUGUGCUGCCACAUCCCCAGCUGUGAAGCUGCAUGAAGAGACACUGACCUACCUCAACCAAGGUCAGUCUUAUGAAAUUCGGCUGUUGGAGAAUCGGAAGCUGGGAGACUUUCAAGAUCUGAACACAAAGUUCGUUAAGAGCAUCAUCCGCGUGGUUUUCCAUGACCGUCGGUUGCAGUAUACAGAGCACCAGCAGCUGGAGGGCUGGCGGUGGAGCCGGCCUGGAGACCGGAUCCUAGACAUUGAUAUUCCGCUGUCUGUUGGCAUCUUGGACCCCAGGGCCAGCCCGACCCAGCUCAACGCAGUCGAGUUUUUGUGGGACCCUUCUAAGAGAGCCUCUGCAUUCAUUCAGGUGCACUGUAUCAGCACAGAGUUCACACCAAGGAAGCACGGGGGCGAGAAGGGAGUGCCUUUCCGAGUGCAGAUUGAUACAUUUAAGCAGAGUGAGAAUGGGGAGUACACCGAGCACCUGCACUCUGCCAGCUGCCAGAUCAAGGUGUUCAAGCCAAAGGGAGCAGACCGGAAACAAAAGACCGACCGGGAGAAGAUGGAGAAGAGAACCGCCCAGGAGAAGGAGAAGUACCAGCCGUCCUAUGAAACCACCAUUCUCACUGAGUGUUCUCCGUGGCCCGACGUGGCCUACCAGGUAAACAGCGCCCCGUCCCCCAGCUACAACGGCUCUCCAAACAGCUUCGGCCUUGGCGAAGGGAACAGCUCGCCAACCCACUCCCACCCAGUGGAGGCCCUGCCUGUGGGCAGUGACCACCUGCUCCCGUCAGCCUCCACCCAGGAUGCCCAGCAGUGGCUCCACCGCAACAGGUUCUCGCAGUUCUGCCGGCUGUUUGCCAGCUUCUCAGGUGCUGACUUGCUGAAGAUGUCUCGAGAUGAUUUGGUCCAGAUCUGCGGCCCUGCAGAUGGAAUCCGGCUUUUUAAUGCCAUCAAAGGCAGGAACGUGAGGCCGAAGAUGACUAUUUAUGUCUGUCAGGAGGUGGAGCAGAACCGAGUGCCCCUGCAGCAGAAGCGGGACGGUGGUGGGGACAACAGCAGCCUGUGUGUGUACCAUGCCAUUUUCUUGGAAGAGCUGACCACCUUGGAGUUGGUUGAGAAGAUCGCCAACCUGUACAGCAUCCCCCCACAGCACAUUCAUCGAGUCUACCGGCAGGGGCCCACGGGCAUCCACGUGGUGGUCAGCAAUGAGAUGGUGCAGAACUUCCAAGAUGAAUCCUGUUUUGUCCUCAGUACCUUAAAAGCUGAGAGCAGCGAUGGCUACCACAUCAUCCUGAAAUGUAGCAUCUGAGCAGAAGUACAGCCAGCAGCUGUCUCCACCUCCCAGCCCUCUGGACCCCCUUGGACCCCCUUGGAUGUAGGAAUCACACCUCUGUAAGCUGCAUCCUCCCCUGGCAAGCUGCAGCUAGAAGUGACCUUGCCUGGUGUGUGAAAGCCACAGACCGACAACCAGCAGAAACCCACAGAUGUGGAGUCCCUGGCAUGCAGAAAGCCACUGGCUCCUCUCUCCCUUCCCCCUUUAGCUUGAAUGGUUCUUUGGUCUUUUUCCCAGACUUGCCACUCUAAAGAGGCAGACAGUGGGGUAUCUGCUCUGAAACCCCUCCCACUCUGAGUUGGAGGCUAGUCCACUGGCUGUCUUGGUGCCUCCUGACCUCUUCUGCUGCCAGAUGAAGUUCUGCCUCACCCCAACCUUCACCUUCUCUGGUGACUGAGAAGGCCCCAUGGCUGAGACUGCUGACUAGAUGGGGGCAAUUCACCACCCGUCUUUGUUCAUGUUGGUUUCCGUCCUUGGUGGCCCUGGUGAGCAUCUGUCUGUGCUGUUCUUGGGUGGACUGAUGGAAGUGGGGUUCAUUCUGUGCCUUCUACUCCUUUUGCCUUUACCUUGUAUCUAAGGAUUUGCUACUACAAAGCCCAGAGCUGGGCUCAUCUCUCUGCCUUGGUGGAAUACCACAAUAUGCGUGUAGGACCCACCACGCGGACCUGAAGGCUGCUUUUAGGCAUAUUCUCAUGAGUAUAUAAAGGAUGAGAACAAAAUGAGCUCCUUUGGUAUAGUUUUGUUUCCUAGCCAUCAUGGGUAAGGACCAGGAAAUGGUCAUCCCAGUGUAUGAUGAGGUGACCUUGACUGUCACCAUACCUGGCCCUCUUGGGUGGGCUCACCAAACCCCAUUAAGGAAGAUCUUGGUUACCUAUGGCCAAGCCUGCCAAGUUUCCUAGGGACAUCGCAUUUUCUGUGAGGACCCUAUUUAAAUGUUGAUCUUUCUUCACUUGUAGGGGAUGCAGGUAGAGCGUUUUGCCUAUACCGUGUGAUCGAAUCACCUUUCUUAGUGGCCCAUGAGGAUAUUUGAGUAUCAGUAACUGGUAGGCUGGCCUGUGUUUCCUGGGACCCAGCAAUCCAUGCUGGCCCAGGGCUUCAAUCCUUUGCUAAUUUAGGUUCAUCUUCCAAAGCAUGGUGAACCUAUGACCACUGAGCAGGAUUUUACAGUUUCUAAAGUAGAGCUUUCGGGAAGUGCAGUGCUAGGGUUAGGAUGUUGAGAACUGGGUAGACCUUGUUUUACAGAUGCGGAAACUGAAGCCCAGAGGGGCAAAGCCACCAGCCUGAUAACACAUGGUGAUUAAGGUAUUGACAUAAAUUUGUUAUACAAACCGGGCCACUUCUGAGAGUGAAUGGAAUCUAUAAUAAUUAGGUUGGGACUGGGGGUGUGGUAUUUCAACAGAGGUCCUGAUUCCUUUGCCCUUUUUGAAAGGGAAGGAGGAGCUGGUAACGGCUUUAUUGAGAUAUAAUUCAUUUACCACACAAUUUAUUCACUUAUCCAUUUAUGGUGUAUAUUUCAGUGAUUUUUAGCAGAUUCACAGAAUGCCCAUAAUCAAUUUCAGAGUGUUUUCAGCAGCCCCCAAAGGAACCCUGCACCCUUUACCAGUCGCUCUCCCACCUCCCCCCCAUCUGCCCUAGUCCUAGGCAACCAUGAACCUACUUUUCAUAUGGCUCUACCUGUUUUGGACAGUGCAUGUAUAUAGAAUCAUACAACAUAUGGUCUUUUGUGAGCAGCUUCUUUGACCUGACAUAAUGUUUCCUGGGGCCAUCCCUGUUGAAUGUGUGCCAGCAUGCCAGUCCUUAUUCUAUGGAUAGGCCACGUCUUGUUCAUCUGUCACUUGAUGGGCACUGAGUUGUUUCUACUUUUUGGCUAUUAUGAAUAAUGCUGCUAUAAGCAUAUUUGUACAAGUUUUUAUGUACACAUAUGUUUUCAUUUCUCUUGGAAAUAUACAUAGGAGUGGAAUUGCUAGGUCAUACAGUCACUUUAUAUUUAACUGGAGUAACUGCCAGGCUGUUUCCCAAAGCAGCUGCACCAUUUUCCACUCCCGUUUCAUCGGCGUAUGAGAGUUCCAGUUUCUCCACACCCUCCCUCGUCAACAUGGGCUGUUAGCUGUCUGUUGGAUUACAGCAUCCUCGUGGGUAUGAAGUGGUAUCUCAUGGUGGUUUUGAUUUGCAUUUCCCUCAUGGCUAACGAUGUUGAGCACUUUUGUCAUGUGCUUAUUGGCUUUUUGUAUAUCUUCAUGGGAGGUAUGUUUAUUUUUUGCCCAUUUGUAAUUGGGUUACUUCUCAUUUUAUUAUUGAGUUAUAUGACUCCUUCAUAUAUUCUAGAUACAGGUCCUAUAUCAGAUACAUGAUUUGUAAAAAUGUUCUCCCAUCUUGUAGGUUGUCUUCACUUUUAAAGUUUUCAAUUUGAUAAGAUCCAAGACUACCUAUGUUUUCUUUAGCUGCUUAUGUUUUUGGUGUCAAAUAGAAGAAACCAUUGCCUGAUCUAAGGUCAAGAAGAUUUAUGCCUAUGUUUUCUUCUAAGACAUUUUAUUUAGUUCUUGCAAUGGCCUCUGAUUCGUUUUGAGUUAUUUUUUGGACAGGCAUACGUAGUUUUAUUGUGCUUCACGGAUGUUACACGUUUUACAAACUGAAGGCAAGACCCUCCACCAGCAAAAAGAUUAUGACUCACUUUAUUGUGGUAGUAGCUUUUUAGCAGGGGUCUGGAACCAAACCCACAGUAUCUUUGAGGUGUGCCUGUAUGUGGUGUGGUGUUGGGGUCUCACUUUAUUCUUUUGCUUGUGUCUGUCCAGUUGUCCCAGCACCAGUUGUUGAAAUAACUACUGAAAUCCCCAUGGAAUUAAUUGCCUUCGUACCUUUGAUAAAGGCCCCUGAUUCUUGCUGAAAAAAAUUCUUUUGGACAUGGGGCUGUUGUUGGUAAUGCUAGCCUUUUCUUUGUUAUAGCAGGCUUUCUAUUCUCUUCGUGCUGUCUCCCCCUUUACCUGUCUCAGCAGUACUGGGUCAUAUCAGUUUCUGGUGUCCUGCAGUCUAUCUUGCUGCAUGUUCUAGCUUCACACACUAUUCCUUGGGGAAGGUCAAUGCCAAUCAUUUUCUUUUUGAGGAAAGUGAGUCACACAGAAGUGAAAUAACUUGCUGAAGUUUACAUAGAACCAGGACUAGACCUGUGGUCUUCUGAUGUCCAGCCUUUCAAGUUGUCUUUAGUCACCUGUACCUGAGUGGUGUUACUACCCAGGCCAAGUGAUGGCAGGCUCAAUUUUAAUUCUAAAAAUAUAGUAAGCUAAUAUUUUUUAUUUCUUAAUUCCAAAAGAGGACCUAAUAAAGAUGUGUUACCUUAAGUUUGCUGUUAGUAGAUUCUUUCAUUCUCUGAAAAGCCCACUUCUUUCUCCUCUCCUUUCCUUCUCCUAAUGGUUGUAGUUAAAUCUUGUAGCUUACAAAGAAGUAGAAAGUAAUAAAUGCCAAGAAAGAAUACACAUCAUAAUUUGUUAACAAAAUGUUUUGGUCCUUCCACACGAGUCAUAUGAGCUAAAGCUAUAGGUUUUAUUGCUCUUAUUAUAUUAAGUACAGAAAAGCUGUACCCCUUUAUACUCCUGUGCAUUGUCUGUCCUGUGAGCCGAGUUCAGCGUCUGGACCCACUGGGCAGGACAGCCCUCCCUGCCAGGGCUGUACCCUCUACCCCACAUGUUCUAGGUUGUGGCUUCACUGUGGACCAGGAUCACAAAGCUCUGUUCAUUCUACUCAGGCCAUUGUGUUUCUUUGCUGGGCAAGUGUCUGUUUGCAAGGUGGUGGUAACCUUUCCCUGUUUACAAGGUUGCACCUUAAAAAUAAAAACAUAGAGGCUUUUGAAUGGGGGAACAAUAAGAUUUGCUGGGGGAUGGGUCUUUGUGCCUUUGGAAAAAGCAAGAUAGAGUGGGGACUUUGAAGUCUUGUCUUGAGGUCCUAAAGCAAAAAGGUCAGACAUUGCCCUGGGGACCUCCUGCCAGGCAGCCUCAGGCCACCUUAGAGAAAGCUGGGGGGCGGGGUGAGGGGGGCUGGCAUGUAGUACUUUCCUGGGAGCAGACUGGAACUGGUUGAGCAGUGUGUCACAAAUUUCCAAGUCCAGUGUGGCUUCAGGGACUGGCCUGAGUAACCUAAGGUUGGAAAAUGAUUAACAGGUUGGUGAAAAACACGUAAAAACCUCUUUCUGUGUUGUCAUUGGAGUGGAGAAAGGAAGCCCUGAGGCUCUUGGAAAAGCUGGAAAACCAGAGGCUGAGAGGUGGAGUGGAGAGAGGAGGGAGGACAGGGGACCAAGUCAAGGGCCCCGGGCCCCAAGAUCCUCGUUUCCAUGAGUCUCUUUGCCUCACUGGGUUUCUGUGACCGCCCUUGUAGAAUAGAGCUGAGAGACCUGUGGAGCUGUGGGUGGCUCAAUCACGUGGUGAAACUACGGGUGGUGGGUCUUUCCUCUUUUCCCUUCAUCAGAGUCAUCCCAUGACCAGGUGCCGAGUGUGUGCAGCAUACUGGUUGUGCACAGAGCUGCUACUGCUCUUGCUCAGCUCCUGGUGCUGCGUGCACUCCAGGGUUGCUGGCAUCUCGAUGUGAGGUGUAGUGUCUCAGUCAUGGCUCCCGUGGCUAUAAGAAUCAAGUCUGGCUCACAAGUGGGCUGACUGCUCCUUCAGCACUUUAGGGUGGCCACCGGGUGUUCCCCUGUAGCCUGAGCCUGCACACAGUGUCAGCUUGCUCUGCAGCUACGUUCUAGGUGUGUGUGUACACACAUACAUCCCUUUCCCUGCCUCUGUGUCUGGCAGGAGUGUGGCCCUGAAUACUCUCAGCUUCGCUACGUGUGAUGACUGCUGUUCCCUUUAGAUCUUACAUGGCUCUCCUGCUUCUGGCUUUGUUGCUGAAGCUGGUUAUGGUCAAGUUGCUUCAUCUUGGGGGGGAUCCACACCCCAAGUCCAGCUCCUCUGGGGAGGGGAGGAGUGCUGGCCACUGCCAUCCUACAAGGCCUCUUUGAGCAAGACCCAGGGAGUCUUCCAUACAACCACCUCAUGUCCUUUUUUCUCCUCAGUUUUAUACUGUGGGUGUGAUGUUAGUUCAGCUGGCUGAUAGGAAAUGAUUGCAUAUCUUUUCUGACCAACUUUCAGCCCCCUUCCCUUCACCCUAUGGAAACAGGACGGGGAGGUUUUCAAGACAGCCCAACCUGGAGAUGUGGGUGUUACAGUGAACCCCUCAGUGGGCCUGUGAUGGGAAGCUGCUGGUCAGAUCACCUGGCCUUUUUCUAGGGGCACACAGAGGUCCUCGAAGCCUGGACAAAGCUCUCCAGGCCUCUGCAAAGGCCCCUUGUGGGUUUUCUUUUUCCACUUUGUGGGUGACAAAAAAUCCCAGGAGGAGAAAGGCAGUAGGUAUCAGUGGUGGCUUUCUUGCCGAUGGCCCAGGAGUGGAAUUGCCAUCCCAUUCCCCUCUCGCCACGUAGAUACCUAAAGGUGAUGUCCCCCAGGAAGUCAGCUCUGACUGGUGGAUUGGCUGCCCUGUGCAAGGCUGUUGAUGGGGUGAAGGAGGUGAGUCUGGGGCUGACCAGCCCUGCUCUUCAGGUAGGCAGACCAGUCCCCCGCAGAGGGACAUUGCCUGAGCCUCUUUCACACCCUUCGGCCUAGGAGCCCUGGGGGCUGGGCUGCAGCGAGCCACCAGAGCACAGGGGAGCCUUUUAUCAUAGGAAACAGUGAAUCUUCAUCCAUAAGAAAACAAUAUAAUUAACCCUGGCACCUAGCAUCAAUAGACAAAUGCCCACUCAUCAAGGGCUGGCCAGCUGCAGCCUGAACCAGCUCCCUGCGCAGUCUGUGACCAACUGGAUGAUAGGGAAUACUGCCUUUAAACCACUCAAGUAAGAUGUUAUCCAGCACCCCUUCAUAAAAAUCUGUUCUUCCCAUUAGCAGACCUAUAUUACAAAAAAGUACUCCAUUAUCUUAUUUUGAAUUUCAUUAAAAAUAUGGAAAUUCACUUUCUUUUAUGCCUACGUAAUACUGAUUUGCUGCUUGGCUCUUAAAGAUGAAAACAUGAACUAAUUCUUUAUACACAAAGUUUGCCAACCACUGAGCUAGACCUCCAUUCCUGUCUACCCCCAGUAGGUUAUUUUAAAGAAAAUCCAGAAAGUAGGACUUCUUAAAAAUAAAAAGUAUUUUGAUUUGAGCUUUGAAGCAAGAGAAACUUUUCACCAAGCAGCCUUUGGAUCUCCCCUGCCACGUGGUCUCACUUCCCCUGUGGCGGGGAGCCCGCCCACCCUGGUGGGGCCCACUCCAGCCUCUUGGCAAGAAUGUCCAAGCCCUUUCUGCCUGCUGGCCCAUUCCUGCAGACCUGACAGGUCUUUGGGUCCCUCGGUCAAGUGCUAGGGGCUGUGGGAGAGGUCUGUGUGUGGGAGGGGCUGUGCCAGUACUGACAGGCGGCCCCUCCAUGUUGGGUAGUGGCCUUAGGACUGAGGUCUCUGGAACGCUCCUGUUCCAGAGGGUGUAGCCUGCACUGCACUUCCGUCUGGUACCUUGAGGACUAUGCACCUCUUGCCUUCUCUGGAUUCCUGCAAAUGCCUCCUAAUGUCUUCCUCCUAUAAAGAGAACCAACCACUUGUGGCGGCCUCAGCUUGGUGAUUGGGAGGGGCUGCUUUCUGGCCCUCUAUAAAGGUUUCACAGGCCCAGGUUUCAGGUUUUGCCCAAAUGCCAGCCUCACCGGGGGUGACUCCAUGUGCUGCUGUCCCACUCUCAGCUGGGGGAAACCCCCUUCCUGUGGUUUGGCCAGCCUUGUUGGGCCCUUUGCUCCACCCCUACACCGGGCACUGCCUCCAGUGCUCCAUUAGUACCAACACCAAGGGCAGCAGCUGGUGCUGACUGGCCUCUCGUGGGUCAGGUGUGCUCGGUGCUUUUGUCAUUGUUUCAUUUGAUUCUCCCUACAGUGCAGAGAGGCCUCUGUAGCUCAGCUUCCUAGGGAGGAAAUCAAGACCAAGAAAUCAGAUGUGCUCCAUGGCCCUGUAACUACUGGUGGACCAAGCCAAGAUGAGAGGCCAGGCACCUGGGUUCAGACCCCAUAUCAGGGCACAUGCUAUCCCCAAAUACACAGAAGAGCUCCUAUGUAACCCUGGCUUUUAUACAGACUUCGUUCAUCACUGGGCUCGGAGCACCUGGUGGGGAAACGGUGGGGCUUGUUAAAGACGAAGGUAGAGAAGGGCUUGUCUUGUGUGCCUUCCCCUUCCCUUGCUGGGUGUAAACUUGGUUACUUUGUUCUCUAGUGUUCAUGUAUUUAAAGUGAUUUCUUUAUUAAAAUGUAACUUUCUCACCUUUUCCCAGAUUGGACGAGUUUUCCUAAAGGUCAUAGGAGUCUCUCUUGGGGUGGUGCUGCCCUCGGACGGGUCAGGUGGGGUGAUGGUCAUGGGGGGUGAGCUCGAAACAGAAGUCGUGUACUGCCAUUGUUUUUGUACCUGAAAUAAGGCCUAUUUGCAGUUGUUACUGCACCAUUGUGCAGAUGAGCACCUUGUACGUGGGAUCUGUGCUCAGGUCAAAAUGCAAAUAAAACUCGUUUGUAAGAAACCCCUGUGCCCCUACUGGUGUGGCUCAGUGGACUGAGUGCUGGCCUGCAAACCAAAGGGUUACUGGUUAGAUUCCCAGUCAGAGCACAUGCCUCAGUGGCUGGCCAGGUCUCCAGUAGGAGAUGUGCGAGGGACAACAACAUGUUGGUGUUUUUCUCCCUCUUUCCCUCCCUUCCCGUCUAAAAAUAAAUAAAUAAAAUCUUUAAAAAAAUAAAAAGAAGCAUCCCCUAUGGCUCAGACCUCCAGGCUUUUUUUUUGUUUGUUUUGUUUAUUUAGUUGUAAAACACAUAGAAUGUGAAAGGUACCUUCUUAACCAUUUUUAGGUUUAUUAACUUGAGCGUCAUCAAGUACAUUCAUGUUGUACGGUUGUUAGCGCCACCCGUCUUCAGAACUCGUCUUCCCCAGCCAGAACUCUGUUCCCAGCAAACACCAGCUCCCCAUUCCCCACCCCAGCCCUUAGCUGCUGCCAUUCUACUUUGUGUCUCUGAAUGUCACUGCUCUGGGUAACUCAUGUAAGUGCAGCCAUUCAGUAUGUGUCCUUCUGUGGCUGGCUUCUUUUCAUCGCAUGUAAUUUUUUCAAGGUUCAUCCAUGUGUAACAUGUAUCAGACCUUACUUCCUUUUUAAGGCUGAAUAAUAUUCCAUUAUCUACAUAUAGUACUACAUACAUUUUGUUCAUUCACUCAUGAACACUAUGUUGCUCCCACUUUUUGGCUGUUGUGAAUAAUGCUGCUAUGAAUGUGGGUGUACAAACCUCUGUUGGAGUCUGCAUUCUCUGGGGUCUAUGCCCAGUACUGGGAUUGUUGGAUCCUAAGCUAAUACUGUUGUCUACAGAAGCUGCACCAUUUUCCAUUCCCACCAGGGGUGCACAAGGGUUCCAGUUCCUCCACAUCCCCGCCAAUGCUUUCUCU